AUGGCAAAUGAACGGAUAUUCGUACAGAUGGCCGCACAUAUGCUUGUACAGCCAGUACGAAUGAGUGAACGGAGCAGAGCACCGCGGAAAUCCACAAAUGUUUGCCGCUUUCUGCAUCUGAGUAUUGGCAGUGUCAUCGUCAUCAUCAUCGCUGAUGGUUUUUCUGCAAGAACUUGUCUUUACACUGUCGCUGACUCGAGCUCCGAUAAAAUUGUCUUUCUCCUGCGCUUAUUGUUUUUUUCACUGAUGUAG